AUGGCGGACAGCGGCUUCUUAGGCCAGGCCGGGAGGCCGUCCCGCCGACUGAGGAGCGCUGAGCGGAUGAUGGGCGGCACGCGGGCAACCGCAGCCGAGCGCAGAGAUGAUCGAGCCUGGCCAAUCAGUACCUGCCGCCUUGUCCCCGCCUUUUCCAGGCCCCGCCCCCUGUCCAAGACUUAUGGGCAGGUAUUCACUGUAUACCUGGGUCCCAAGAAAAAAGUGGUACUUGUGGGUUAUGAUGUCAUAAAGGAUGCCUUUUUAAACCACAAUGAAGAGUUUGGAAACAGGCCGGAAAUCCCAAUAUUUAAAAAGAUAGGGGAAGGACAUGGUGUUGUUUUUAGUAAUGGAGAAACAUGGAAAAUGAUGAGAAGAUUUGCUUUACAUAAUCUUCGUGAUUUUGGAAUGGGGAAAAAACUCAUAGAAUACAAGAUUCAAGAUGAACUGCAUUCCCUUGUUACAUAUUUUGGAUCUCACAAAGGUAAACCCUUUGAUACAUCCAUCAUCCUGAAGCAUGCUACUUCAAACAUCAUUUGCUCCAUCCUUUUGGGCAAAAGAUACGAAUAUGAUGAUUAUGAAUUUCAGUAUUUAUUGAAACUCUUGGACGAAAAUGUCAAAUUAUGUGGCUCUUCCAUGAUUGAGCUAUAUAAUUACUAUCCUUUUCUGGGAUUCAUGAUUGGAGCCCACAGGACAGUCUUACGGAAUGUUCAAGAGAUGAACAAUUUCUUCCAUAAACUAUUUGAGAAACAUACCCUCCAUCUUAAUAUCAAUCAUUUAACUGGCUUUGUGGAUUCCUUUUUGUUAAAACAGCAACAGGAAACCCAAAAUCCAAAGACUGAAUUUCAUGAGAAGAACCUACUCUUUACUACAAUGGAUCUUUUUGGUGCUGGUUCAGAGACAACAUCAACAACACUUUGCUGGGGCCUUCUUCUGAUGAUGAAAUAUCCUGAAGUUCAAAGAAGGGUCCAAGCUGAAAUCAAUAAAGUUAUUAGUCUCAGACGAGAUCCUCAGGUACAAGAUCGAAAAAAAAUGCCAUACACGGAGGCAGUGAUACAUGAAAUACAGAGAUUUGCCGAUAUCGUGCCGAUGGGUCUGUCCCACAGUACUACCACUGAUGUAAAAUUUCGGGGAUAUGUAAUUCCUAAGGGAACAGAGGUGAUUCCUCUGUUUACUUCUAUCUUUAAGGACAAGACACUGUGGGAGACACCUCACAAGUUCAACCCUGCUCACUUUCUUGAUGCUGCUGGAAAUUUUGUCAAGAAAGACUGCUUCAUUCCUUUUGGCUUAGGGCGUCGAGUUUGCAUUGGAGAAUCCCUAGCCAGGAUGGAACUCUUUCUGCUCUUCGUAGGCUUAUUGCAGAAGUUUACAUUUAAGCCUGCACCAGGGGUAGAUCCAGCUGACCUUGACCUUACAGCUGAAGUGGGCCUCACCUUGACCCCCGUGCCUCACUUGGUCUGUGCUAUCCCCUUGGAGGAAGUUCAUGACUCUUAAUGUGGGAGAGCAGCCGACUGGUCCUGUUCAGACCACUGCAUCCAAGAUGGUAGCCAAAGAAACCCAGAUGGCUUUUGGUGAUACAUACACAUUUCCUGCCUGGUCCACAAGAGCAUCGCUAUCACAGUUACAUUUACUAAGCAUUCAUACCUGGUUACAUGCUUGACCAAACAAAUAAUCCACCCAUUUUCUGACCUUGAGAGAUAGCCAUCAUCACAUAAACAUAAUAUUAAGCUUGGAUAGUAAAUAGUGGUCUUAGCUCAAUGUUCUGCAGAGAAGUUGCUGUAGUUCAGUUAUGUCCAGCUCUUUGUGACCUCAUUUGGGUUUUCUUGCAAAGAUAC